AUGACCGGUGGCGCAUCCCAUAAUGGGUGGAUCGGCCACAAGGGCCCCGGAGGAUUUGAUCUACGGACGGAUGUGGCGACGACCCCAACGCCAUCGAUGCUGGCUGCCAUCCAGUCGUGCACUCUCCUUGAUGAUGUCUUUCAAGAGGGUCAGAAUACAAAUGAUCUCGAGUCACAUCUGGCAGAACUAACAGGCAAGGAGGCCAGCCUUUUCGUCCUAUCUGGGACGAUGGGCAACCAACUUGGGCUGAGAUCUCUGCUCACGCAACCUCCCCACGGAGUUCUGUGCGACAAGCGCUCCCACAUUAUGAAUUAUGAAGCAGGAGGUGUCGCUACACUUACCGGCGCCCUUGUGACGCCCGUCCUUCCCGAGAACGGAAUCUACCUUACGCUUGAAGACGUCCAAAAGAACGUCGUGCUCACCGACGACGUUCACGACUGCCCGACUCGGGUCAUUUCCCUGGAGAAUACGCUCAAUGGGAUGAUUACACCGCUCUCCGAGGUCAAGCGCAUCUCGGAAUUUGCCCGGAAGCACGGCAUCCUGAUGCACUGCGACGGCGCGCGCCUCUGGGAGGCCGUUACGGCCGGUGCGGGGUCCCUACCGGAGUUCUGUUCUCAGUUCGAUACGGUGAGUUUGUGCUUCUCCAAGGGACUAGGCGCGCCUGUUGGAAGCAUUCUAGUCGGCCCGGCGGACGUCAUCAAGAGGGCGCGAUGGGUGAGGAAGUCGAUUGGUGGCGGCCUUCGCCAGGGCGCUGUGGUUACUGCGGCUGCGAGGGUAGCCGUGGACGAGACGUUCGGAAAGGGCCCUAACGGAGAGGGUGGUCUUUUGAGGCUGUCGCACGAGACGACGAGGAAAGUGGAGAAGCUAUGGACUGAGUUGGGAGGGAAGCUCGUGCAUCCCGUGCACACGAACAUGUGCUGGCUGGAUCUCAAUGCCGCCGGCUGCUCGGACGAGAAGUUUGAGGAGCUCGGCAAGCAGGAAGGAUUGCGCUUGAUGGGGAACCGGCUGGUAAUAAGCUACCAGGUCGCUAUGAACGAGCAGGAAAUACUGCCGCGACUGGAGCGAGUGUUUAAGGCUGCUCUGGCGGACGUUCAAGGCGCCACCGCCAGGCCGGAAGGGCAUGCCAGCCAAGAGAAGACUUCCAUGUAUCGUCGGUCGAAUUGA